AUGUUGGUUCCCAGGCUGCACAAAGGAGGACGCAAAUGCCCGCGACCUUUUGGUGAGGAAAGAUUGCACCUCUACAGCCGCCGUAGCCAAGCCGGAAAUGUAGUCCUGCCACGUUUCCUGUCUAGCGGGCCUGAAGGAAGAGCUGCGAGAUGGCUGACGCCACGAAUCUUAAUCGCCCACUGUGCUGUGAACAGUUCGGUUCCGGGGCGGCGCGGGGCUGUUUCGCCGCCGCCGACGGGAGUCUGCAGUGGGAAGCUUGGGGGUGGCGCUGGUGGGAUUUCUCCGGGGCCUUUACAGUGAAACCCCAAAGACUGGCUGGCGGCGCAGGGGGUGCUCUCGGCACUGCUUCACCACCUCUCUCCAGCCUCAUAGCCGUGUUCCUGCCUCAGGGCUUCCCCGAUAGCGUCAGCCCGGACUAUCUGCCCUACCAGUUAUGGGAUUCCGUGCAGGCCUUUGCUUCCAGCCUCUCAGGCUCCCUCGCCACCCACGCAGUCUUGCUGGGCAUAGGGGUGGGGAACGCAAAAGCUUCUGUUUCAGCUGCCACUGCCACCUGGUUGGUGAAAGAUUCAACUGGCAUGUUGGGCCGCAUCAUCUUUGCCUGGUGGAAAGGGAGUAAACUGGACUGCAAUGCCAAGCAAUGGAGGCUUUUUGCUGAUAUCCUCAACGAUGUAGCUAUGUUCCUCGAGAUUAUGGCUCCCAUUUAUCCAAUCUUUUUCACCAUUACCAUCUGUACCAGCAACCUGGCCAAGUGCAUUGUGAGUGUGGCUGGUGGGGCCACUCGGGCUGCCCUGACCAUGCACCAGGCCCGGAGAAACAACAUGGCUGAUGUGUCAGCCAAGGAUAGCAGUCAGGAGACACUGGUAAACCUGGCAGGGCUCCUGGUCAGCCUCUUGAUGCUUCCCCUCGUGUCAGAUUGCCCUGGCUUCAGCCUUGGUUGUUUCUUCUUCCUCACUGCCCUUCACAUCUACGCCAAUUACCGGGCAGUCCGAGCCCUUGUCAUAGAGACCUUGAAUGAAGGCCGACUCCGGCUGGUCCUGAAGCACUUCCUUCAGAGGGGAGAGGUACUUGGCCCCACUUCAGCUAAUCAGAUGGAGCCACUGUGGACAGGUUUUUGGCCGUCUCAGUCUCUAUCCCUGGGGGUCCCCCUACACCGCUUGACCUCCAGUGUUUUUGACCUGCAACAGCUGGUUGAGGGACACCAAGAGCCCUACCUCCUUCACUGGGACCUGUCACAAAACCAGGUGCAAGUUGUUUUGAGCCAGAUGGCAGGCCCUGAAACCAUCCUAAGGGCCGCUACACACGGGCUGGUGCUUGAAGCCCUGCAGGGAGAUGGGCCCCUCCCAAGAGGGCUGGAGGAACUGAGGAACCAAGUACGGGCAGGUCCUGAGAAAGACAACUGGGUCAUCGUCAGGGACACACACCAAGUGUUGGACAAGCUAUUCCCAAAGUUCUUGAAAGGACUGCAGGAUGCAGGCUGGAAGACUGAGAAGCACCAGCUAGAGGUGGAUGAGUGGAGAGCCACAUGGCUUCUGUCUCCAGAAAAGAAGGUCUUGUGAGG